AUGGAAGAAAAUGUCAAUAACGAUGAGUUUUAUAUUCCUCAAGUUACAGAAGAGAGAAUACCAAAAGCGGGAAUGAAAUUUUUAUCAGUAGAGGCGGCAUUUUCAUUCUACAACCAAUAUGCACGAGAAGCGGGCUUUAGUGCUAGAAUCAGCAAUAUCAAGAAGAAUAAGCCAAAAACAGUAAGAGCUCGUGGAGAAGUUAGAACUAAUUGCAAGGCAAAGAUUUCUCUUCUCAAACAACAAACUGGAUCCGAUUGGAUUAUCAACAAUUUCGUGGAAGCUCAUAAUCAUGCACUUUGUAGUCCUUCAAAAGUGCAUUUGCUACGCUCCCAUCGCAGUGUUUCGAUUGCAAAGAGAGCAUUGACUCAACAGUUUUCAGAAGCCAAUGUACCAACUUGUCAACAAAUGCGAUUAUUAGAGAUAGAGUAUGGUGGACCUGAACAUGUAGGGUGCACAGAAAGGGAUAUUAGAAACAUUGAGCAAGAGUUACGAGAUGAACAAAAAGGAGUUGAUGCGGAAACUUUGAUUGAGUUCUUUGCCUCUGAAAAAGAUAAGAAUCCCACUUUUUUCUUUGACUACGAGACCGAUUCAAAUAAGAUGUUUAAGAGGUGCUUUUGGGCAGAUCCUAAAUCAAGGAGGCAAUAUAGUGUAUUCGGUGAUGUGGUUGUCUUUGAUUCCACAUAUAAUACCAAUAAAUACGGGAUGAUUUUUGCGCCGUUUGCAGGAGUUAAUCAUCAUCACCAAACAAUUGUUUUUGGUUGUGGGUUUUUAAGUGACGAGAAGACGGAAUCUUUCAUUUGGUUGCUUAAGAAGUGGAUGGAAGCUAUGCGAACAGGUGCUCCAAAAGUAAUAAUCACUGAUCAGGAUCCUGCUAUGACAAAAGCAAUUGCACAAGUUUUGCCGUUUACUGUUCAUCGAUAUUGCUUGUGGCACAUCUUGACCAAAUUCCCAGACAAAGUUUCUCCAGUUACUUUACGAGAUCAUUAUCAAAACAUAAAGAAGGUUAUAAUGAAUUCUACCUCUCCUGAUGAAUUCGAGCAAUCUUGGAAAGAUGCGAUCAAGUGUGCUAAAUUGGAGCUUAAUGAUUGGAUAUCAUUAAUGUAUGGUCUACGUGAGAAGUGGGUUCCGAAUGGGGCCUCCAAAGAGAAAUAUUCGACGUCGCGCUUCGUUGCUGCGGGUGAAGGUGAUGAGUAA